CUCCGAGGGACACGUUGGUGCUGCGCUCGCCCGGGGCUGCGAGCCUCUCCGGGACUUCCUGCCCGCGCGCCCCCCACCUGGCCGCGGCCCCGAAGCCCGGCUCCGGCUGUAGUGCGCGGCGAACGGGCGGCGGACCAAGGCAGUCAUGGGGCUACAGCCCCUGGAGUUCAGCGACUGCUACCUGGACAGCCCGUGGUUCAGGGAGAGGAUCCGCGCCCACGAAGCGGAGCUGGAGAGGACCAACAAGUUCAUAAAAGAGCUCAUCAAGGACGGGAAGAACCUCAUCGCAGCGACCAAAAGUCUUUCAGCAGCCCAGCGGAAGUUUGCACAUUCACUCAGAGACUUUAAAUUUGAGUUUAUUGGUGAUGCAGAGACUGAUGACGAACGCUGCAUAGAUGCUUCCUUACGCGAAUUUUCUAAUUUUUUGAAGAAUCUGGAAGAACAGAGAGAAAUUAUGGCAUUAAGUGUAACUGAAACCCUGAUUAAGCCCUUGGAAAAAUUCAGAAAAGAACAACUUGGAGCCGUGAAGGAAGAAAAAAAGAAGUUUGACAAGGAGACAGAAAAGAACUAUAGUCUAAUUGAUAAACAUUUGAAUUUAUCAGCCAAAAAGAAAGACUCACAUUUACAAGAGGCAGAUAUCCAAGUGGAGCAGAACCGGCAGCACUUUUAUGAACUGUCUCUGGAAUAUGUAUGUAAGCUUCAGGAAAUCCAGGAAAGAAAGAAGUUUGAGUUUGUGGAACCUAUGCUGUCAUUUUUUCAGGGAAUGUUUACUUUCUAUCAUCAGGGCCAUGAACUUGCCAAAGACUUCAAUCACUACAAAAUGGAACUUCAGAUCAACAUUCAGAAUACACGGAAUCGUUUUGAAGGAACAAGGUCAGAAGUGGAAGAGCUUAUGAACAAAAUCAGACAGAAUCCCAAGGACCACAAACGAGCAAGUCAAUUCACAGCAGAAGGCUACUUGUAUGUACAGGAAAAAAGGCCUGCUCCAUUUGGUUCCAGUUGGGUCAAACACUACUGCAUGUAUCGGAAAGCAGCCAAGAAGUUCAACAUAAUCCCAUUUGAGCACAGAUCUGGGGGAAAACUUGGGGAUGGAGAGGUGUUCUUUUUGAAAGAAUGUACCAAGAGGAAUACUGACUCCAUUGACAGAAGAUUUUGUUUUGAUAUAGAAGCUGCUGACCGUAAAACAGUUGGAAAGUGGAAAAGCAGAUUUGUUUUACCAGCCAAGGGCUCACCUGCUGCAUUCCUGGUGUCUUCCAGGCCUGGCGCUGCUCUGACCAUGCAGGCGUUCUCCGAAGAGGAACGGAAGCAGUGGUUGGAAGCUCUGGGUGGAAAAGAAGCUCUGUUACAUAGUUUUAAUAGAGCCAUCAUCCCAAGACCAGAAGGAAGCGCACAGUUGGAUAAAAUGGGAUUCACAAUUCUCAGAAAAUGUAUCAGUGCAGUUGAAACACGAGGUAUAAAUGACCAAGGAUUGUACAGAGUUGUGGGGGUGAGUUCAAAGGUCCAGAGACUUCUGAGUAUGUUGAUGGAUGUAAAAACAUGCAAUGAGGUGGAUCUGGAGAAUUCCAUAGAUUGGGAAGUGAAGACAAUAACAAGCGCCCUAAAACAGUACUUGAGGAGUCUUCCAGAGCCUCUUAUGACCUAUGAGUUACAUGGAGAUUUCAUUGUUCCAGCCAAAAGUGGAAGCCCAGAAUCUCGUGUUAAUGCUAUCCAUUUCUUGGUACACAAACUUCCAGAGAAAAAUAAAGAAAUGUUGGACAUUUUGGUGAAACACUUAACAAAUGUUUCAAAUCACUCCAAGCAGAACCUCAUGACUGUAGCAAAUCUAGGAGUGGUGUUUGGACCAACUCUGAUGAGGCCACAGGAAGAAACUGUUGCUGCCAUCAUGGAUUUGAAGUUUCAGAACAUCGUGGUGGAAAUUUUAAUUGAAAACCAUGAAAAGAUUUUUAGGACCCUGCCUGAUACCACAUUCCCGGAGCCAGUCUCCGUGUCAACAUCCCCCCCAAAUGCUCCACCAAGGCAAUCGAAGAGACAAGGCCAGAGGAUUAAGAGACCCGUGGCUGUAUAUAAUCUUUGUCUUGAGCUGGAAGAUGGUGACAGUGCUAACCUUUCUAAGGAGGACACCCCUACCAGUAAUCUAGAUUCACUUUCCUCUCCAUCCCCCACGACUGCAGCCAUCCACGGGCCUCCUGGACCAGACAAAAACCACCUGCUCGCAGAUGGGGGCAGCUUUGGGGACUGGGCAUCUCCUGUCCCCUACCAGAUGCGAUCGCCCAUGGUCCAGUGGCUUAACACCCAAUCCCCGAGCACACCGAGCUGCAGCCCAGCUGUCACACCUCCUUCACCCAAGCCACCGCCUUCCCCCCUCUCUCUGCCUGCUGCCAUAGUGGACAAGCCGCCGGAAAGCGUUGUCAAUCGGAAGGCUCGGGCAGUGUAUCCGUGUGAAGCAGAACACAGCUCAGAAUUAUCUUUUGAAAUAGGAGCGAUUUUUGAGGAUGUGCAAACCUCGAGGGAACCUGGCUGGCUAGAAGGGACCCUGAAUGGCAAGAGGGGGCUGAUUCCACAGAAUUACGUCAAGCUGCUAUAGUGCCGGCCGGGGAGGCCCUACGUGGACCUUGGCACUUGGGAACCUGCCUUCUUCUUCUGGGGCAGAACCCACAGCCACCUGGACACAGGAACUGCAUAUCACCGAUGGGCACUCCAGGGGCAGGGAGGGGGACGUACCGCUAGAGGUGGGGGCAGAGGACGGACCGCGUGGAACUGCAUCGCUCUGUGGAGUGGGAGAAGAGUGUCAGGGUUAACAGGACGGACUUUUCACUUGUCAAGCCUCGGGACUUUGGACUGUGAGUUUUUAAUUACCCAGCCCUCUGCCUGUCCAGCCUCUCCCCACCCCCGCAGCCCUCGCCCCACGGGUGAUGGCUCCACCGGGCAGCUCCCUGCACACCUGCUGCUGAGAUUUUAAAGAGAACUGUACUUACUCAUGGUGGUGUCUGCAGCAUGUGCUCUUGGCUGUGCUUGGUGUGGUGUGGGGGGGCUGCUGCUGGCAGGCGGUGGUUGGGUCUAAACCCAGAGGGCCGCAGAGAGAUGCUCCUUCCCAGACGGCCACCCCGGGCCCACAUUCACUCUACUUCGAGCACACUGGCGUAUUUAUAACAGGCUUCUCGUUGGUGCUUCUCACCUGUGUGCUGUUUCCCAAACACCACCUUUUUGCCCCAAGGUCUCUGUAAAUGAAAUAAAAUGUAAUUUACUAUUUGA